UAUGACGACUAUAGUACACGCCUUAUCUGGAGAGACCGGACACACAACUUCAUUAUCUUCUGUCCCAGACAACGGAAAAGGGUGAACUGUCAUAAGAGAUGGCCUGAAAAACACAGUUUGUGGAAUUGUGUAUGUGUGAGCUGAAAACUCCUCCAUCUGUAUCCUUUUCUGGGAGAGGGAGGGAGCUGCAUGAACAAGGAUGAACCGAUAUACCACUCUGAAGCAGCUGGGGGACGGCACCUAUGGCAGUGUGCUUAUGGGUAGAAGCACUCAGUCUGGGGAGCUGGUGGCCAUCAAGAGAAUGAAGAGAAAGUUCUACUCCUGGGAGGAGUGUAUGAACCUGAGAGAAGUGAAGUCACUAAAGAAACUGAAUCAUGCCAACGUGGUGAAACUAAAGGAAGUAAUCAGGGAAAAUGACCAAUUGUACUUUGUCUUUGAGUACAUGAAAGAGAAUCUCUACCAGCUGAUGAAGGACAGAGAAAAUAAGAUGUUCACUGAAAAUGAAAUAAGGAACAUCAUGUUUCAAGUGCUCUCUGGUUUGGCAUUUGUGCACAAGCAUGGAUUUUUUCAUCGGGAUAUAAAGCCAGAGAAUCUGCUAUGUAUGGGUCCUGAACUGGUGAAAAUAGCAGACUUUGGUUUGGCCAGAGAGAUCCGUUCUCGCCCUCCCUAUACAGACUAUGUGUCCACAAGAUGGUAUCGAGCUCCAGAGGUGCUUCUGAGGUCAUGUGUGUACAGCUCUCCUAUAGACAUAUGGGCAGUGGGCUGCAUUAUGGCAGAGCUCUAUACCUUACGACCUCUUUUCCCCGGCAACAGUGAGGUCGAUGAGAUCUUCAAGAUGUGCCAAGUUCUUGGCACUGUGAAGAAGACUGACUGGCUGGAGGGUCAUCAGCUGGCUGCGGCAAUGAACUUCCGCUUUCCUCAGUGUGUUCCCACGCCCCUAAAAACCCUCAUCCCCAAUGCCAGCAACGAGGCUCUGACACUAAUGAAGAAUCUGUUGAAUUGGGACCCGAAAAAGAGGCCGACCGCUGUGCAGGCACUCAGGUACCCCUACUUUCAAGUGGGACAGGCGCUGGAAACACGGCCUCAAACCCCUGAACUUUGUAAGUCGCAGGUGAAAACUGCUCAUCUCAACGAGACCAAAUCUGAGCUGCAGUCAGCCUCUGAGCCAGCCAUGCGGUCUCAGGCCAAGGUCCAUGGCAGGAAUUCCCAUCAGCCCCUGCAGCCGAUCUCCCUGCCUCAGGCCCCCAUUCAGGUAGACUACCAAGCUGACCCUCUGUCACUCAAUAUACAAAAGAGGCCUGUAGCAAAUGAGAACAGCCUGAUGGGACUGAAAAGUGGGCGGAGACGCUGGGGACAGACCAAACUCUCUGACAGCUGGGAUGAGUCCGAUCCUUCAGAUACAGCUGCAUCCAACUCCAAAAAAUUCAGCAUGGGAGCAGAAGAGAACAAGCUCAUCAGUGAACUCACUUCUGAGCCAAAAGACCAAAAGCCUAUUUACACUUUUAACAACGUUACAAAGCUACCAAGUAGUAUCAAAUCGAACUCCAGUCUGCAAAGCACCUGCUCAGCUCGACAGCAUUACCUGCGGCAAUCAAGAUACCUGCCUGGUUUGAUAAGUAAAAGCUCCCCAACAGCUGUAGAAAAGGAGCCCCAGAGGGACCUGUGGAACAACUGGGUGACACAUCCAAAGAAACCACUUGGUCCCAUUGGAGGAGCCCCAGUUACCCGAGUCACUCCAGGAAACUUUAUUAGCACUACAUACAACCUCUCUGGAGGUUAUAUUCCAUCUUUCCAAAAGAAGGAUGUUGGAUCAGUUGGCCAGAGGAUACAGAUUGCACCAAAUGGAAACCAGCAAGCAUUUGUUCUCCCCAUCACUGCUGAUAAUAAAACUGGCAAAACAAAAUGUAUAAAGCCAAAACCUGCUGCUUCCACUUCAUUAAAUAUGAGUGCUGAAGAUGUUGAUGGUUGGAAAAAAAAAUCUCAAGUCAAAGGGACAAGCUACUCAGUCCUGAGGAAAAAUUCUGGCAGCAUCCCCCCUCAUGCAGCUCCUGUCCAACCUGUCCAUGGUCGAGUGGACUGGGCAGCAAAGUACGGAAGCCGUCGGUAGCACAUCUUCAAAUCUUUACAGACUCAGCUUGUGCUAAUCGUAAUGGCUCCAUCUUCUCCAGUAGAUAAGUUUUUAAUGUCUCAAAAGCCACUGUGCAGAUAGUUUUGUAGAAAAUGUAAUUAUAAUUUUUGUAAAAG